AAGGACGGAAGAGGCCCUGCGGAGGCGGUGGUGCAGCGCUCCGGUGGAAUGAACUGUACUUGUUGAAUAUUUCCUGGCUACUGGUUGGAAUCACUUUCAAAAGAAUCAUUUUUGCCUGUGUGGAAGCCACAUAGUGGCAUAUUUAAUUAUAUAUAUCCAAGGAUCUCAAAGCUUUUGAUUUCCUGAAGGACAUAUAUCAAAUAAGCUUCACAUUACAGCCAAAAUGGUGCUGUCCCAGCGACAACGAGAUGAACUAAAUCGAGCUAUAGCAGACUAUCUUCGUUCAAAUGGUUAUGAAGAAGCAUAUUCGGUUUUUAAAAAGGAAGCUGAAUUUGAUAUGAAUGAAGAAUUAGAUAAAAAGUAUGCUGGCCUUUUGGAAAAAAAAUGGACAUCUGUUAUUAGAUUACAAAAGAAGGUUAUGGAAUUAGAAUCAAAACUAAAUGAAGCAAAAGAAGAAUUUACGUCGGGUGGUCCUCUUGGUCAGAAACGAGACCCAAAAGAAUGGAUUCCCCGUCCACCAGAAAAAUACGCAUUGAGUGGUCAUAGGAGUCCAGUGACUCGAGUAAUUUUCCAUCCUGUGUUCAGUGUUAUGGUAUCUGCUUCAGAGGAUGCUACAAUUAAGGUGUGGGAUUAUGAGACUGGAGAUUUUGAACGAACUCUUAAGGGGCAUACGGACUCUGUACAGGACAUUUCCUUUGACCACAGUGGCAAGCUUCUGGCUUCCUGUUCUGCAGAUAUGACCAUUAAACUAUGGGAUUUUCAGGGCUUUGAAUGCAUCAGGACCAUGCAUGGCCAUGACCAUAAUGUCUCUUCAGUAGCCAUCAUGCCUAAUGGAGAUCAUAUAGUGUCUGCCUCAAGGGAUAAAACUAUAAAAAUGUGGGAAGUGCAAACUGGCUACUGUGUGAAGACAUUCACAGGACACAGAGAAUGGGUACGUAUGGUGCGGCCAAAUCAAGAUGGCACUCUGAUAGCCAGCUGUUCCAAUGACCAGACUGUGCGUGUAUGGGUUGUAGCAACCAAGGAAUGCAAAGCUGAGCUCCGAGAACAUGAACAUGUGGUAGAAUGCAUUUCCUGGGCUCCAGAAAGUUCAUAUUCUUCCAUCUCUGAAGCAACAGGAUCUGAGACUAAAAAAAGUGGCAAGCCUGGGCCGUUCUUGCUAUCUGGAUCCAGAGACAAAACUAUUAAGAUGUGGGAUGUCAGUACUGGCAUGUGCCUUAUGACUCUUGUGGGUCAUGAUAAUUGGGUAUGUGGAGUUCUGUUCCAUUCUGGGGGGAAGUUUAUUUUGAGUUGUGCUGAUGACAAGACUCUACGUGUAUGGGAUUACAAGAACAAACGAUGCAUGAAGACCCUCAAUGCGCAUGAACACUUUGUUACCUCCUUGGAUUUUCACAAGACGGCACCCUAUGUGGUUACUGGCAGUAUAGAUCAAACAGUAAAGGUGUGGGAGUGCCGUUGAGUUUCAGUUGGCCCUUCCUCCCUUUUUCCUCUGGAUGCACUCUGAUGAUACCAUGGUUACCCCAUUGAGCUCUGUUUAAAUAAAUAUUGUCCUUUCAUGUAAAUUA